UCGAACGAGCGGUAUGUGGUCUAGAAUUCUUCUAGUUUUAGCUUUUUUGGGUCUAAGUUUGGGUCUAGACCAAGUGCGCUAUGAUAACUAUAAGGUGUACAAUGUGAGGAUCGAUGAUUUGGAGCAGUUUCAGCUGCUCAGGAGUCAGGAGAAGUCCUUGAAGCUCAGCAGUUGGCGCGAGGCUCGUCAUCUAGGCGAAUCCUCGGACCUUAUGCUGCCUCCCGAAUACCAGGAGACCUUCGAGACUCUCCUCAUCAACCACAACUUUAGCUACAGCCUCAAAAUCGACAAUGUACAAUACCACAUCGAUGCUCAGCGGCCGAAGCAGCGCAUAACCUCCAUGGAAUGGACUCAGUUUCAUACUCUGGAUGAAAUAUACACCUGGCUGGACCUAAUCGAGUCCCGAUAUCCCGACAUAGUCACACCCUUUACCAUUGGCAACUCCCACGAGGGCAGGCCUAUUCGCGGUGUUAAAAUCUCUUACAAAGAGGGAAAUCCCGCCGUUUUCAUCGAGUCCAAUAUUCAUGCCCGCGAGUGGAUUACCUCUUCGACAAUUACCUACUUUAUAGAUGAGCUUUUGGUUCCACGUAAUCCUGGAGUCAGGGAUAUAGCCCAAAAUGUGGACUGGUACAUUAUUCCCGUCCUGAAUACCGAUGGCUUUGUUUAUUCGCACGAAGUGGAACGUCUUUGGCGCAAAUCGCGUUUAAACUCGGAUCCCACGGGCGAGUGUGUUGGAACCGAUCUGAAUCGUAACUUUGAUUUUCUUUGGAUGUUAACUGGCGCUAGCUCAGAUUUCUGCGAUGAAACCUAUGCUGGUCCCUCGGCGGAAUCCGAUGUCGAGAUCAGUCAGUUGACCGCCUAUAUAAACAACUCUAUACCAGAGGGCUCUAUCAAGAUCUAUAUAUCCCUUCACUCCUAUGGACAGUACGUACUCUCGCCCUGGGGCCACACCGCUGCGGAGUUCCCCGAGCACUAUCCCCAGAUGAUGCACGUGGCCAAGGGCUUCUCGGAUGCUUUGCUCAGGAGAUAUGGCACUGUAUUUACCUAUGGAUCUAGUGCCACCACUCUUUAUGAAGUCUCAGGAUCGGGCAAGGAGUGGGCCUAUGCAGUGAAGGGCAUCAAAAUACCCUAUACCAUCGAGUUGAGGGACAAGGGCCGACUGGGUUUUGUCUUGCCACCUGAGGAUAUAAUUCCAGUGGCCAGGGAGGUGACCGAGGGUUUUGUUGGGAUGAUAAACGCCGCCCGGGAAAUGGAUGUUUUGUAGA